UAGUGCCGCGAAAAAACUUCUCAAUGUCAUGCAGGCGCUUGCGCAGUGCGUCCUCCUCGACGGUCGGCAGGACGAAGGACGCAGGAGAACUGUCAAAGUCGUAGAGCAAAGAGCAAUCGAAUCGAAGCCGUGCAAGGAAGUAGAACUUGUCUGCGGACUUUCCCGUGUUCAUUUCUAUAUUCAUUGUUGCAAAUCGCUCGCGAGUCUGUGCCUGUGUGUUUGGACACAAAAGCAUACCAACACAGAGGCAAGAAAGUAAACUAUUGACGGCACACGCAACAAAAACGAUUAAAAAGCCAUUUGCACAGCAAAUAAAACGCAAAACAUGUAACUAAAUGGUCCGCAACUCGAUUGGGCUUACAAUUUUAACUCUUUACCGUGCGGCAUCAGUGCGCAGAGUGCAGUAAAAAUACGUAACACAGUUUGAUUUUGAGCAAACCAAGGGAGCAAGAUGAAAACGCGUCUCGUCUCACUCACUUAUCGCGGCAGUGCAUCCGUCGAUCCCCGCUACUCGGCCUCCAUGCUGCCUUGGACAAUCAACGACAUACGAUCCACGGAGAGUUACACAAAGCUAUCGGUGGGCAUUGAGAAUGGCAUACUCGAGUCGUACAACUCGGACUUUGAGCUGCAGUUCAGCCAUCCCCUGAAGCACAUCGUGGGCAUGUGCCGCAUCGUACACAAGCCGCAGGCCAAGAGCAUCGGCAAUGGGUUUCUCCAGCUCAAAUCUGGCGCUGGCCAGGCGGCAGGCAGUGGCCCCUCCUGCGCCGCCACCGCCUUGAUGCCUGGUGGCAGCUGCAGCAGCAGCAGCAGCUCGCUGGCCGCCAACGGACUGCGGCAAACCCUAACCGCGUCCACAUCCUACGGCUCGCUCUCGUCCAGCGCGGCCUCCGCUUAUCAGCAGCAGCAGCAGCAGGCGGCGGCGGCGGCGGCAGCAGUGGCAGCAGCGGCCGCGGCUGCUGAUGGGAGUGGAGCGGCGGAGCAGUCGCAGAAUUUCAUGGAAUUCCAAGGACCCAUCACCGGACUGGUCUACUUGCUGAAGGAUCCGAAGGAUCCGCUGCUGCACAUUUAUCUGUUUGAGUGCGAAACCAUCGAGGAGAUGGCCGAGCUGAUGCACCAGAUGCGGGAUCCGGCCCACACUCUUGGCGGCUCGGUGGGCAGCAUUCCGCAGACGUUGAUUGGAGGCGCCGGCGGAGGAGCAGGAGGACACAGCUCCUCAAAUGGGUCCCUGACCGGGAUUCACGCCACACCUGCGACGAACCUGAAGAUGAGCGAGGCCAUGCGGCAAGCCCAGCACGAUGCGAGUCCCAAUCCGAUCAGCUCCAAGAUGAAGGCCUCCAAGUCGUACACGCACGGCCUGAGCAGCUCCUCCGGCACGGUGAACAUUCCCACAUCCACCUCGGCGCAGAGCAACCUCUCCCUGCUUGCGGACAUCUCGCCAAACCAUACGCACUUCUUCGAGGUGAUGUACGUGGGCAAGAUUCGAGUGUCCCAGAAGCGGGUGCCAAAUUCCUUCAUCGACGACGCCCUACCCAAGUUCAAGGCGUACGACGCGCAGCGUCUGCGGCUCCUGCAGAACCGCAAGAUGUCCCUCAGCAGCGAGGGGGGUGUGGGCAUCGAGGCCAAGACCGUCUCAAGUAGUCUCAAGAGCCACGACCUCAAGGAGGAGGAUGAGGAGCAGGAGCAGCAGCAGCAGCAUCAGCAUCAGCAGCCAGAGGAGGAGCCCCCGGGAAGGCCCCUAGUGCAGCUGCAGCUGACAGGCGCUGAGGAGGGGGCCGCGCCGCGUCCCCUCGAGGAGAACAAGGAGAACAAGUCGCCCGAGAAGCGCCCUUUGCUGCGCGGCCAGAGCCAGAUUGAACUAGGCCACAAGGAACAGCAAACCGAGGAUAGCCAGCCGGAAACGCCCAAUGUCAUUGUUAAUAAGCAGCCCACGCCGCCCAGGGACCAGGGCGCGGCAUCAGCCAGUGCUUCUGCUUCGGCAGCUGCCCCAGUUGGCCCCAGUCAGCUGCAUCCCAAUUAUGCGCUGGAGAACAUACCAAAGCAGAGGGAUCGCUCCGCCUCGCAGGGCUGCAUCCCGCCGUAUGUGGAGCAGAACCGCACGAUGGUGUUCCUGGUGGGACGCUGCGAUCUGCGGCUGAUCUCGCCGGACCGCAAGCAGGUGCUGCUCUACAAGGACUUCAAGGACGUGGCCAGCUGUGUGCACGGCCAAAAGUCGCUGGACCACUUCGGCAUCAUUUGCCGCGAGCUGAAUAACGAGGGCUACAUCGGGUACGUGUUCAAGUGUCAGUCGGAGCACGUGUGCGACGACAUUGUGGCAGCCAUCGCCCAGGCCUUCGACACCUGUGCGGAGCAGAAGAAAAAGCAGGAGACGCAGAUCUUCAGCUGCGAGCAUUGCCCCAUGUUGUGGUACCACAAGCUCUGCACGGACGUGGAGGGGCUGUCCGAGAAGAAGACACAGGCCCUGAUCCUGCGUCGAAUCGAGACCCUGAGCGACGAUGAGCAGGAGAUCGUGUGGGCCAAGUUUUGUGGCUCCGAGAAGACCAAUUCCCCGGUGGCCGAGCAGAACCAGUUCCUCAUGAUGCUUUUGCGUGCCCACUGCGAGUCCAGACAGCAGCGGCAUGUACACGACACCGCGGAGAACCGCUCAGAGUUCCUCAACCAGUAUCUCGGCGGCAGCACCAUCUUCAUGAAGGCCAAGCGCUCCCUGACCAACUCAUUCGAUAAUCUCUUGAAGCGCAAGCCCUCCAAGGACGACAUUGCCGUGCCGCCCCACAACCUGCGCGACAUAAGGGAGGGCUCAGCUGAACCCCUAGGCACCGAGUCGCCUCCGGAGGGCUUCCGAUCUCGCUCGAACACCGUGGGAGCGAGUCCCAGCAACAAGCCCACCGCCGAUCAGCUCAAGAGCCCCAUGAUGGACAUAUUCAUCAAGGUGGGCAACAGCCCCAAGGAGGCAGAGACACAUCAGGGCUCCUGGCGGCAGGCCAUCCUCAACAGCGUAGUCACCCCCUCCAAGGGGCUAGACAGCGAGGUGCCCACUGAAUUCCUGUCGCCCAUGCGCAAGCCUGCGAAGAGGGGAAAGCGCGAUGCGGCCGAGCUGCGGGAGCUGUGGCGCACGGCCAUUCGGCAGACAAUCAUGCUUAACCGCAUGGAAACGGAAAAUGCCAUGCUGCAGCUGCGCCAGAACGAGAACGAGCUGAAGCGCAUCAAGCUGGACUAUGAGGAGAUAGUGCCGUGCGACAAGCAGCUGAUCGAGCGCUGGGAGCAGAUCAUCGAGCGCAACUCCACGCAGAUCGGCAACAAAAAGGACCCCAAGGUGCUGGGCCAUGCCAUCCGAACCGGAGUUCCUCGGUCGAAGCGCGGUGAUGUGUGGACCUUCCUAGCAGAUCAGCAUUCCAUGAACACGGCGCCGGUGGACACCAAGCGAUUCCCCAACUUCAACACGCCAUAUCACACGCUGUUGAAGCAGCUCACGGAGCAUCAACACGCUAUUUUCAUAGACCUGGGCAGGACGUUUCCCAACCAUCAGUUCUACAAGGAUCCCCUGGGCCUGGGACAGCUCUCGCUGUUCAAUCUGCUGAAGGCCUAUUCCAUACUCGACCCAGAGCUGGGCUACUGCCAGGGUCUCGGCUUCAUCUGUGGCGUUCUGCUGUUGCACUGCGACGAGGCCAGCGCCUUCCAGCUGUUGAAGCACUUGAUGUUCCGCCGCAACAUGCGCACCAAAUACCUGCCAGACAUGAAGAAGUUCCAGCUGCAACUAUACCAGCUCUCGCGCCUGGUCAAGGACCACCUGCCGGAUCUGUAUGUGUGGCUGGAUCAGAACGAUGUGUCGCCCACUCUGUACGCAGCUCCCUGGAUCCUCACUGUGUUCAGCUCCCAGUUCCCCCUGGGCUUCGUGGCCCGCGUCUUCGAUCUGAUUUUCCUCGAGUCCUCCGACGUGAUCUUCAAGUUUUCCAUUGCACUGCUCUCCGUGCACAAACAGCAGCUGCUCGCCAAGGAUAACUUCGAGGAAAUCAUGGACUACCUGAAGACGGUGGUGCCCAAAAUCGAGCCCAACUGCAUGGAGAAGAUCAUGAAGCUGGUCUUCUCCAUGGACAUUGGCAAGCAGCUGGCCGAGUACAACGUAGAGUACAACGUGCUCCAAGAGGAGAUCACAACCACCAAUCAUCACCUGGAGAUGUUGAACAGAGAAAAGACGCAGAAUCAGCAUCUGGAGCAGCAGCUGCAGUUCGCUCAAUCCUCGAUUGCUCAGCUGGAAACCACGCGCUCUUCCCAGCAAUCCCAGAUAACUUCGCUGCAGUCGCAAGUGCAGUCGCUGGAGCUGACCAUACAGACGCUGGGCCGGUAUGUGGGCCAGUUGGUGGAGCACAAUCCCGACCUGGAGCUGCCCAACGAGGUGAGACGCAUGCUCCAGCAGCUGGACGACCUAGAACGACAGCGCCGCCGGCCGGUCUUUGCCGACCGAAAGAUCGGCAAAUCCAUCUCAGUGAACAGUCACUUGGGGUUUCCCCUCAAGGUGCUCGAAGAGCUGACCGAAAGAGACGAACAUGGUUCGCCACAAAAACAGAAGAAGGAGAAGACACCUUUUUUUGAGCAGCUGCGUCAGCAGCAGCAGUACCGCAUGAAUGGUCAAUCUAGCAAUGUCCCGGCCAAUGAGCCGGUGGUCUCCGCUGUCGCGCCUACACCACCCGCGCGGCCCAAUCGCCUGCUCGACAAUGCCAGUGCACGGACCGUCAUUCAAACAAAGCUGGACGAACUAAAGCUGCCCGAGCACGUGGAUAAGUUCGUCGCCAAUAUCAAGAGUCCACUGGAGGUGGACUCUGGCGUGGGCACGCCCCUCAGCCCGCCCAGUACUGCGAGUAACAGCAGCGGGGGGAGUAUUUUCAGUCGCAUGGGCUACAAGACCACGCCUCCAGCGCUGUCUCCGUUAGCGACACGUCAGACGUACGGCAGCAGCGCCGUUGCCAUCACCACCGCACCGGCGCCGGGGCCGAUGGAGCAGGUGCCACCCGCAAUGACUAUUGCGGCUAUGCCACAGGAGGAGGAACAGGCCAUGCACCCGCUCAGCAUGGUGGGCGGCGAUGUGAAUGUGCGCUUCAAGGGCACCACCCAGCUCAAGUCGAUACGUCCUGUGCACCACAUGAGAGCGAUUCCUCUUGGUGGUGUCCAGCACCAGUCCAGCACAGAGUCGUCUGUGGGUGUGGCGCCUGUUCCGGUGGAGCUGGCACCUCCUGCAGCGACUACCGGCCGCAGCUAACGGUUUUGAUUCAUCAGCAAGCUGCUUCGCGGGUUCUAUCCCGAGCCGACCCCCUGAGCAGAAUCCAGGACCUGGACACGGACGGACAGCUUACCCAUGCUACUCAUGAACUUCUGUUGCGGCUUAGAUAUAAAGUCAACCUAUAACUACUUCGUUUUCAAAUUGUGUCAAUGCGCGCACAAAAUGUUGCCAUAUAUAUUGCUCCGCAAGUCACGCAAUCGUUAUAAACUGAUCCCCACUCCCCAGAAUAAUAUAUACCCCACACUCCUACAUGUAUAGUAUGUAGUAUGCUUAUACGAAGGAAUUGGACAAAUGCUUUUUCAAGGUUUUAUAGAUUUGGCUACCUUUUUGAAAUCGAUGCUUGACAGACGAAAUAUGACAGAUGUAUAACCUCACGCCGCAUCCACAGUCACAGCGAAAAAUAAACCAAAUCACACGGGGCAUUAAUAAAAGAGUCUGUAGCUUGUUUAGUUUAGUUUUUCUUUCACUAUUACCUUAAUGUUUAACGAAUUUACUUAGUAGCUACUUGUUGUUACUCGAUUUUCGUUGCUUUAGUUACAUUUAGUAUAGUACAUUAGUUCUUAACAUUAUCCUAAGUUGUAACUAUAUUUCUAUUGUACAUUUCUCCCCAGGGUUUUUAUUUGCAAUUUAAACUUAAAUGAGAAACUAAUGUAUAAAACGACACUUGUAUUCCGGCGGGAUUCGCUUGUAAAUACGAGUAGGAUACAAUUUUCUGAAAUCUCUUCUCUUACGAUUAUGGUACUUGGAUUGUAUUGAUUUAAUUACAAACAUACUAUAUGCAAUAACUAUAAAAUGUGGAAAAUAUAUUAAAAAAAACAUCAAAACAAACAAAUUGCUUCUGUGUCAGGUACUUAACUUAUGUAUCUAUUGCUUAGCCGGGAUGCUUUUCAUCGGGCGCCCGGAGUUUGUUUAGCUGAUUUGGGUUAGAAUAUGAGUAAAAUCAACAGCAAUUAUAUGAAAACAGUAAUAAAGUCAACAAAAAUUAUUUAAUCGA